GAUUUGUUUUGUUUGUAUCUUGACUCUAUUAUGAUUAUGCUUAGGGUCCUUAAUCGUACCUUACCUGAGGAAUCAUCAAAUUGUACCCUGCCCAUCACUGCUGCCAAGCUAUAUCUCAUACAUAUAUACGGAUCGCUCGCGCGCCCGUCCGCCGAAAAUAGAAGCUCAUCGCCAGUGACAGCGCUCGCAUUCAGUGCUCGAUGCCACGCGAAUUCGCACGCGCCGCUCCGCCGCCAGAGAUACAUUUUCCGUGACGCGAAAUCCGAAGUUCAUAAUCCGCAGAUAAACGUAGAAUCGUACAGAUUCAAAGUGUGCAGCGGUCUAGGCAACUCGGGCAAGAUCUGUCAGCAGUAAAUACAAAGUGACAAAGUGAGCAAG